UAAAAAUAAAAAAACAGAAGAAGAUAAAAAGCAAACUCUUCGAGUGUUGUGUUGUGUUUUUUGCAAUAAUAAAAGAAAACGAACGGUGGUGAUAUCCCUCGUUCUGCAAUCUCAAUCGCUCCUCCCUCCUCUCUUUUCCAGCGUCCGAUUCCUUCUCCAUUAUCACCGAUCUUACACACUCUCGCGCCAAAUACAAAUUCAGGGUUCCGACGAUAUGUCCGACGCUCCGGCGAGUCCUGGCGGUGGAAGCCACGAGAGCGGCGAGCACAGUCCCCGUUCUAACAUCCGCGAGCAAGAUAGGUUUCUUCCUAUUGCCAACAUCAGCCGCAUCAUGAAGAAAGCUCUCCCUGCUAAUGGCAAAAUCGCGAAAGAUGCUAAAGAGACCGUUCAGGAAUGCGUCUCUGAGUUCAUCAGCUUCAUUACCAGCGAGGCCUCUGAUAAGUGUCAGAGAGAGAAGAGGAAGACUAUUAACGGCGAUGAUUUGCUUUGGGCGAUGGCGACGCUAGGGUUCGAGGAUUAUAUUGAUCCUCUUAAGAUUUACCUCACGAGAUACAGAGAGAAUUAUUUUGAAGUGUUAUUGCUGUUGUGCUUUUUACUGAUGGUAGUUUUUUUUCGUUGCUUGUCGUGGGUUGAUUGGAAAUGUUGCAGAUGGAGGGUGAUACUAAGGGCUCUGGCAAGGGUGGAGAUUCGUCUGCUAAGAAAGAUCUUCAACAAGGUUCUAAUCCUCAGCUUGUUCAUCAAGGUUCUUUCUCACAAGGUGUUUCUUACACAAAUUCUCAGGGUCAACAUAUGAUGGUUCCUAUGCAAGGCCCAGAGUAGGUAACAAGCCAAUUGACCUUCUUUCAAGGGUUGUCUGCUGUGCUGGUAGAGCUUUACAAACUGCUCUCGGCAUUAUUGUGUAUUUUAUGUUAAGUAAUACAACAUAAGGCACAAUAGUUCUUGUGUCCUGAUUUUUUUUAAAAAACAAAUUAAGGUUUGUAUAUUAUGUCUGGAUUAAAAUUAUUAUUUCAAAGUUACAUUUGUAAUUUUAAGGGCUGGAGCCAUGUUGGUCUGAUUCCUUCUGGCGGCUUGGCAAAUGUUGAAGAAUUUAGGAAAUCUGAUUGUAUGCAUAAAUUGGGUUUUUUUAAAACCUUAUAUGGUGUACAAUAAUGGAUGAAGACGGUUGAGUUUUUGAA